CCUGUUCUCCCCACCCCCGUCCUCCAGCUCUUCUUCCCGGCAUCCCUAGCGCCCGCCUUGGCGCUCCUCAAGAUGGCGGCCGACAGUGAGCCCGAGUCCGAGGUGUUUGAGAUCACGGACUUCACCACUGCCUCAGAAUGGGAAAGGUUUAUUUCCAAAGUUGAAGAAGUCUUGAACGACUGGAAACUGAUUGGAAACUCUUUGGGAAAGCCACUUGAAAAGGGUAUAUUUACCUCUGGCACGUGGGAAGAGAAAUCAGAUGAAAUUUCCUUUGCUGACUUCAAGUUCUCAGUCACUCAUCAUUUUGUACAAGAAUCCACUGAUAAAGAAGGAAAGGAUGAAGUAUUAGAAGAUGUUAUUCCACAAUCUAUGCAAGAUUUGCUGUGUAUGAAUAAUGACUUUCCUCCAAGAGCACAUUGCCUGGUAAGAUGGUAUGGACUUCGAGAGUUCGUGGUGAUUGCCCCUGCUGCAAACAAUGAUGCUGUUCUCAGUGAAUCUAAGUGCAAUCUUCUUCUGAGUUCUGUGUCUAUUGCUUUGGGUAACACUGGCUGCCAGGUGCCACUCUUUGUGCAAAUUCAUCAUAAAUGGCGAAGAAUGUAUGUGGGGGAAUGUCAGGGUCCUGGUGUCCGAACUGAUUUUGAAAUGGUUCACCUUCGAAAAGUGCCAAAUCAGUACACUCAUUUAUCAGGUCUGCUGGAUAUCUUCAAAUCAAAGAUUGGCUGUCCUUUAACUCCAUUGCCUCCAGUUAGUAUUGCUAUAAGGUUUACCUAUGUACUUCAGGAUUGGCAGCAGUAUUUUUGGCCUCAGCAACCUCCAGAUAUAGAUGCCCUUGUAGGAGGAGAAGUUGGAGGCCUGGAGUUUGGCAAGUUACCGUUUGGUGCCUGUGAAGAUCCUAUUAGUGAACUCCAUUUAGCAACUACAUGGCCUCACUUGACUGAAGGUAUCAUUGUGGACAAUGAUGUUUAUUCUGAUUUGGAUCCUCUUCAGGCUCCCCAUUGGUCUGUUAGAGUUCGAAAAGCUGAUAAUCCUCAGUGUUUGCUAGGUGAUUUUGUCACUGAAUUUUUUAAAAUUUGCCGUCGAAAGGAGUCAACUGAUGAGAUUCUUGGACGAUCCACAUUUGAGGAAGAAGGGAGAGAAAUUGCUGAUAUAUCUCAUGCUUUGUCAAAGUUGACAGAGCCUGCACCGGUUCCAAUUCAUAAAUUAUCAGUUUCAAACAUGGUACACACUGCGAAGAAGAAAAUACGAAAACACAGAGGUGUAGAAGAAUCACCACUAAAUAAUGAUGUUCUCAAUACCAUUCUCUUGUUUUUAUUCCCUGAUGCUACUUCUGAGAAACCACUAGAUGGGACUUCUUCAACAGAUAACAAUAAUCCUUCAUCAGAAAGUGAAGAAUAUAAUCUCUACAAUCAGUUCAAAUCUGCACCAUCUGAUAGUUUAACGUACAAAUUGGCGUUAUGUCUUUGUAUGAUCAAUUUCUACCACGGAGGACUAAAAGGAGUGGCACAUCUCUGGCAGGAAUUUGUUCUUGAAAUGCGUUUCAGAUGGGAAAACAACUUUCUGAUUCCAGGAUUAGCAAGUGGACCCCCAGAUCUAAGAUGUUGCUUACUUCAUCAGAAAUUACAGAUGUUAAAUUGUUGUAUUGAAAGAAAGAAGGCACGUGAUGAGGGGAGAAAGACAAGUCCUUCAGAUAACGUGACUAACACAUAUUCAGGGGAUGCUGGAAAAGCCGGAGACCAGCUGGGCCCAGACAAUCUUAAAGAUAUGGAUAAGGAAAAGGGAGAAGUGGGAAAAUCAUGGGAUUCUUGGAGUGACAGUGAAGAAGAAUUUUUUGAAUGCCUAAGUGAUACUGAAGAACUUAAGGGAAAUGGACAAGAGGGUGGCAAGAAAGGAGGACCUAAGGAGAUGGCAAGUUUAAAGCCAGAAGGACGACUCUAUCAGCAUGGGAAACUUAGACUGCUACAUAAUGGAGAACCUCUCUACAUUCCAGUGACCCAGGAACCAGCACCUAUGACAGAAGAUUUGCUAGAAGAGCAGUCGGAGGUUCUGGCUAAAUUAGGUACAUCGGCAGAAGGGGCUCACCUCCGAGCACGCAUGCAGAGUGCCUGUCUGCUCUCAGAUAUGGAGUCUUUUAAGGCCGCUAAUCCAGGUUGUUUUCUGGAAGAUUUUGUGAGGUGGUACUCACCUCGUGAUUAUAUUGAAGAGGAAGUGAUUGAUGAAAAGGGCAAUAUGGUUCUGAAAGGAGAACUAAGUGCCCGAAUGAAGAUUCCAAGUAAUAUGUGGGUAGAAGCCUGGGAAACAGCUAAGCCAAUUCCUGCUAGAAGGCAGAGGAGACUCUUUGAUGAUACACGGGAAGCAGAAAAGGUGCUGCACUAUCUGGCAGUACAGAAACCUGCAGACCUUGCUCGGCACCUGUUACCUUGUGUAAUUCAUGCAGCCGUACUCAAAGUAAAGGAAGAAGAAAGUCUGGAAAAUAUUUCUUCAGUUAAGAAGAUUAUAAAGCAGAUAAUAUCCCAUUCCAGUAAAGUUUUGCACUUCUCUAAUCCAGAAGACAAAAAAUUAGAAGAAAUCAUCCAUCAAAUUACUAAUGUAGAAGCUGUAAUUGCUAGCCGCUCACUGAAAGCCAAAUUUGGAACUGAGAAAUGUGAACAGGAGGAAGAGAAAGACGAUCUUGAAAGGUUUGUGAGUUGCCUUUUGGAGCAACCUGAGGUGUUAGUCGCUGGUGCAGGAAGAGGACACGCUGGCAGAAUCAUUCACAAGCUGUUUGUGAAUGCACAGAGGCUGACUGAAUCUUCUGAUGAGGCUGCAGCCAUGGCUCCACCGGAGGAGGAAUUGAAGAGAAUGGGCUCCCCGGAAGAGAGGAGGCAGAACUUGGCAUCAGACUUCCCACCCCCUGCCGGCCGGGAGCUCAUUUUGCGCACGACCGUGCCCCGCCCUGCCCCCUAUUCCCGAGCUUUGCCUCAGCGCAUGUACAGUGUUCUCACCAAGGAGGAUUUCAGACUUGCAGGUGCCUUUUCAUCAGAUACCUCGUUCUUCUAAUUCUCCUAGAGUCACGUCAUUUGUGGUUUCAGAGACAGUGCUGACCCCUUCUGUGUGAAGCAGGUUGUGCCAGUCAGAACUAGGAGGCCAUGAAGCGGACCUGCCCAGUUCAGUGAUCAAGAAUCAUACCAGCAUCCGAGAGACUUUCCAGUGGGCUCUGUUGUGUCUUGGUGGGGGCAGAGGAAAUGGGCCUCAGCUCUUGAAUGGCUUCUUCCCCCAGGAGAUGGCCCUUGUUUCGGGGGAGGGGAAGACUGAAACAGCAGCAGUUCUCAAUACUCCAGUGGGACUGUGUUCAUUCGUCUUUUCUGUGACUAUCCCUUAGGCUCUUGGCUGGCAUUCAUAGUCCCUGUAAACACUUAUUAUAUUUAUUAGUAUCAAAUAUGCAAAGUAGAGUACCUGUUAACUCAGAUUUCUGGAUAUUUUGGUGGUAGCUUCUAUUCCCAGAAUCUGUGUUUUUAAAAUGCUAAAUGAUGUUCUGUUGAUCCCGUCACCUGGUGGCCGUCUUUAUUGUACUAUUCAACUUUUGAUGAGCACUUUGGAUAUUCUAGGAGAAAGCCUGGAAUUUCACAUAGUCUGUAUGUUUUUCCAUGUCACUGUGACCUAAAUGUAUUCUUUCUGAUAAAACCUAUAUAUUAAAUGUCACUGCAGAUUAGUUUAACAUCUCUUGUAAGAUUUGUUUCUCUGCCUUGUGUUGUCCCAGCUGCCUUGUGAGAGGCACCUGCAGAAUGUCGUUCUCUUCCUUGCUGUACAGCAUGCAUUCCUUUUUUGGUGGUUGCUGGCUGGAGACUGUGUCUAAUGAAGUAGAGAUCAGCACAUGCUAAAACUAUGGCCUCCAUACAUGGAGACUGUCAUGCAGUCAGUAUGAUUUGGUAUAUGUGCUAAUGUUAUGAGUAGAGGAUUACUUCAGUGAACUACUGCUUUUGUAUUUCAGUUAAAAUGAAAACAGUUGAUGGGGGUAUGUAGUGCCCAGCCUAAGGAUAACAGCAACGUAUUUCUAGUUACAUGAUCAUCAAGAUUUAUCAAGUCUGUGUUGCUGUAUAGCCUCUAUUCAAUAACCUUAAAUCUAUUUUUAGGCCUAAAAUUCCCACUUUAAUCCAGAGUAAAAAAUGGUUAUACUGAAGCAUAGAUCUUGCCUGUGUGACUUUAAAGAACUAAUAGAACUGUGUAAACCCUGUUACAUUAUUUUCAUUAAAAAAUGUGAAUGUAUGUGUACCUAUAUAUGUAUAUAUAUAUGGAUAUGUGAAGUAUGGGAGGCCCUGAUUCCCUCCUGACCUUCACAGCACUUUCUUCUGAGAUGCUGGACUUGAGUGCUGCAGGUCUGAGGACAGAGCGCUGUGCGGGUAGAGGCCUUUCAAGGGCAGAGUUUGUCUACUCUCUAACGAGGCAGUUAAUAAAAAGAAACGGUUUUCAAAGAGAGGUUUUAAAAAGGUGUUGUGAAUCUAAUAAAAGGGAAAGUGUCGCU